AUGCUGGAGAUUAAGAUGGUGAUGCUGUUAUGGAUUACAGCAGUGCUUUUUAUUCCUUCUGAUUCUGGACAUUUUGUCAGUCAGCCGAACUCAGUCAUCACUGCUGCUACUGGUGAAAACGUGACUCUACACUGCUUUCGAGCAGAUAAAGGAGUGACCGAAUCCAUCAUUUGGUACAAACAAGCAGUAGGACACGAGCCUCGUGUGAUAGUUACAGUUCAUAAACUUGCACAGAAUCCCAUUUUUGAAGACAAGUUCAACUCACCGAGGUUUACAGUCAAUAAUUCAGAAAGAAGCUGCCAUUUAAAAAUUACAAAUGUACAACCAUCAGAUGAAGCUAUGUAUUACUGUGGAUUACAAGGGAUUACAAUAUCGUUUGGAAAAGGAACUUUUUUAUCAGUAAGAGGAGAUGGAGAUGUAAAAGUCUCAGUGUUCCAGAGCAGUGUAUCAGACUCGGUUCCUGCAGGAGCAUCAGUGACUCUGCAGUGUUCGGUUCUCUCUGAGAGCAGAACAGCAGAACUCCAAGUGCUCUGGUUCAGAGCUGCUCCAUCACAAUCCCAUCCUCAACUCAUUUACACUCAUCACAACAGCAGCCUUCAGUGUGAGAGCGAAUCUUCUACACACUCCUGUGUGUACAACUUGUCCAAGAACAUCUUCAGCCUCAAUGAUACUGGUACUUACUACUGCGCUGUGGCCCUGUGUGGGAAGAUCAUUUUCGGGAACGGGACACGAGUACAGCUGGUAGAAUCAGUGGAUCCUGUAGUGAUCUGCCUCACUGUAGCUUUGGGAGUGUGUAUGUGCAUAAAGUUCUUGUUACUAUAUGUAAUUUCUACAAUAAACUACUGUAAAUAUUUAACAGAUGGAUACUGGUUUAUUAUGACAUGCUCAUGCACAAUGCUGGAGAUUAGGAUGGUGAUACUGUUAUGGAUUUCAGCGACACUUCUUGUUCAUACUGAUUCUGCACAAAUGAACAUCGUCAGUCAGCCGAACUCAGUCAUCACUGCUGCUUCUGGUGAAAACGUGACCCUACACUGCUUUCGAGCGGAUGAAGGACUGACCGAAUCCAUCAUUUGGUACAAACAAGCAGUAGGACACAAGAUUUGUGCGAUGGUUACAAUUCGUAAUCUUGCACAGAAUCCCAUUUUUGAAGACAAGUUCAACUCACCGAGGUUUACAGUCCAUAAUUCAGAAAGAAGCUACGAUUUAAAAAUUACAAAUGUACAACCAUCAGAUGAAGCCAUGUAUUACUGUGGAUUAAAAUGGAUUACAAUAUCGUUUGGAAAAGGAACUUUUUUAUCAGUGAGAGGAGAUGAUGCUGUAAAAGUGUCAGUGUUCCAGAGCAGUGUAUCAGACUCGGUUCCUGCAGGAGCAUCAGGGACUCUGCAGUGUUCGGUUCUCUCUGAGAGCAGAGCAGCAGAACUCCAAGUGCUCUGGUUUAGAGCUGCUCCAUCACAAUCCCAUCCUCAAAUCAUUUACACUCAUCACAACAGCAGCCUUCAGUGUGAGAGCGAAUCUUCUACACACACCUGUGUGUACAACUUGUCCAAGAACAUCUUCAGCCUCAAUGAUACUGGUACUUUCUACUGCGCUGUGGUCCUUUGUGGGAAGAUCAUUUUCGGGAACGGGACACGAGUACAGCUGGUAGAAUCAGUGGAUCCUGUAGUGAUCUGUCUCACUGUAGCUUUGGGAGUGUGUGUGAUUGUGAUCUCUGUUCAAACUCUUUUGCUCUGUAAAAGGACAAAAUGUGAAAAAUUCACAAAUACACAAAGCAGUGUGAACAAAACUGAACGAACAAACAGUCAGGAUCGUGAAUCUGUGGAACUGAAUUACGCCGCAUUACAUUUUAAUAAAAAGAAAACCAAAACAACGAGAAGAAAGGGAAAAUACCCUCAAGAGACUUUGUACUCUGAAGUCAAAUCUUUCACCAUUAUUUAGAUUAUACAUCUGCAAUAAUGUAUUUACUUCACUGGGAUUUUUUUGUUUUUGAUGUUUUGUUUAGAAAUAAAUGGUUAAACUGGU